UCGCCGUUUCGAGUGGGAGUUGGAGCGAGUGUGCUUUCAUUUGAGAAACGUCGUUCUGCUCCGAGUUUAACGGAAAACGGGCUCCGCGCACGGACUCGGGCUGCGUUUCUGCACGUUUUUCAGCGCGCUGGUCUCGGAGGGGGUCGGUUUGGAAGACAGACGCCGCCGGUCACGAUACGAAUACAGGAGAAUAUGAGCGUAGAGGCGUACGGGCCGAGCUCGCAGACUCUCACCUUCCUGGACACGGAGGAAGCGGAGCUGCUGGGAGCCGAUACCCAGGGCUCGGAGUUCGAGUUCACCGACUUUACCCUGCCGAGCCAGACCCAGACACAGGGCCAGACCCAGAGCCAGCUGGACAACCAGGUGAACGGACCUGAUGGAGUUUUACAGAACGGAGAGGAUGCUGUUGUGAAGACCAGUCAACUUCUGGCUGAACUAAAUUUUGAGGAGGAUGAGGAGGACACCUACUACACCAAGGAUCUUCCUGUGCAUGCCUGCAGUUAUUGUGGGAUCCAUGAUCCUGCCUGUGUGGUUUACUGCAACACCAGCAAGAAGUGGUUCUGCAAUGGACGUGGCAACACAUCUGGCAGCCACAUUGUCAAUCAUUUGGUGAGGGCCAAAUGUAAGGAGGUGACUCUGCAUAAAGAUGGUCCCCUGGGGGAGACUGUGCUGGAGUGUUACAACUGUGGCUGUCGUAAUGUCUUUCUCUUGGGCUUCAUCCCAGCCAAGGCUGAUUCUGUUGUGGUGCUCCUUUGCAGGCAGCCGUGUGCCAGUCAGAGCAGUCUGAAGGACAUUAACUGGGACAGCUCCCAGUGGCAGCCUCUGAUCCAGGACCGCUGCUUUCUGUCCUGGCUGGUGAAGAUCCCGUCUGAGCAGGAGCAGCUGAGGGCACGUCAGAUCACUGCUCAGCAGAUCAACAAACUGGAGGAACUCUGGAAGGAAAACCCUACAGCGACGCUUGAAGAUUUGGAGAAACCCGGUGUGGACGAGGAGCCUCAGCAUGUGCUUCUGCGCUAUGAGGACGCCUACCAGUACCAGAACAUCUUCGGCCCACUUGUAAAACUGGAGGCAGACUAUGACAAGAAGCUCAAAGAGUCCCAGACCCAAGACAAUAUAACUGUCAGGUGGGACUUGGGACUGAAUAAAAAGAGGAUUGCUUAUUUCACACUUCCCAAGACGGAUUCAGGUGACAUGCGCCUGAUGCAGGGGGACGAGAUCUGCCUGCGCUAUAAGGGAGACAUGGCUCCUCUCUGGAAGGGGAUUGGGCACGUCAUCAAGGUCCCUGACAACUAUGGAGAUGAGAUUGCCAUUGAACUGAGGAGCAGUGCUGGAGCUCCUGUGGAGGUGCCCCACAACUUCCAGGUGGAUUUUGUCUGGAAAUCCACUUCCUUUGACCGCAUGCAGAGUGCCCUGAAAACAUUUGCUGUGGACGAGACCUCAGUGUCCGGCUACAUCUAUCACAAGCUGCUUGGUCAUGAGGUGGAGGAUGUGAUCAUUAAGUGCCAGCUGCCCAAGCGCUUCACUGCCCAAGGCCUGCCUGACCUUAACCACUCACAGGUGUAUGCUGUGAAGACUGUGCUGCAGCGUCCCCUCAGUCUGAUCCAGGGGCCUCCAGGUACUGGCAAGACUGUCACCUCAGCAACCAUUGUUUACCACCUGGCCAGACAGGGCAACGGACCAGUGCUGGUGUGUGCUCCCAGUAACAUUGCUGUGGAUCAGCUGACCGAGAAGAUCCAUCAGACAGGGCUGAAGGUGGUGCGUCUCUGCGCUAAGAGUCGAGAGGCUAUCGACUCUCCUGUGUCUUUCCUUGCCCUGCACAACCAGAUCCGCAACAUGGACAGUAUGCCAGAGUUGCAGAAGCUGCAGCAGCUGAAGGAUGAGACUGGAGAGCUGUCCUCUUCAGAUGAGAAACGCUACAGAGCUCUGAAACGCACGGCUGAAAGAGAGCUGCUCAUGAACGCGGAUGUGAUCUGCUGUACCUGUGUGGGUGCAGGUGAUCCUCGUCUGGCUAAGAUGCAGUUCCGCUCCAUCCUGAUUGAUGAGAGCACCCAGGCCACUGAACCAGAGUGCAUGGUGCCUGUAGUGCUGGGAGCCAAGCAGCUGAUCCUGGUGGGAGACCAUUGUCAGUUGGGUCCAGUGGUGAUGUGUAAAAAGGCGGCUAAAGCAGGCCUGUCUCAGUCGCUGUUCGAGAGGCUGGUGGUUCUGGGCAUCAGGCCCAUCCGUCUCCAGGUGCAGUACCGUAUGCACCCUGCGCUCAGUGCCUUCCCCUCCAACAUCUUCUAUGAGGGAUCCCUCCAGAACGGAGUCACUGCCGCUGACCGCAUCAAGAAGGGCUUUGAUUUCCAGUGGCCUCAGCCAGACAAGCCCAUGUUCUUCUAUGUGACGCAGGGCCAGGAGGAGAUUGCGAGCUCAGGCACCUCCUACCUUAACAGGACUGAAGCUGCUAAUGUGGAGAAGAUCACCACUCGUUUGCUCAAGGCUGGAGCCAAACCUGACCAAAUUGGAAUCAUCACACCGUACGAGGGUCAGCGUUCCUACCUGGUGCAGUACAUGCAGUUCAGCGGCUCUCUGCACACCAAACUCUACCAGGAGGUGGAGAUAGCCAGCGUGGAUGCGUUCCAGGGCCGAGAGAAGGACUUCAUCAUCCUGUCCUGCGUCAGGGCCAACGAGCACCAGGGCAUUGGCUUCCUCAACGACCCACGUCGUCUUAACGUGGCCCUCACCAGGGCCAGGUACGGCGUGAUCAUUGUGGGAAAUCCUAAAGCUCUGUCCAAGCAGCCGCUGUGGAACCACCUGCUGAACUACUACAAGGAGCAGAAGGUUCUGGUGGAGGGACCUCUGAACAACCUGAGAGAAAGUCUUAUGCAGUUCAGCAAACCUCGCAAGCUGGUCAACACCAUCAACCCUGGAGCUCGGUUCAUGAGCACUGCCAUGUACGAUGCCAGGGAGGCCAUGAUACCCGGAUCUGUGUAUGAUCGCAGCAACACUGGACGUCCAUCUAACAUGUACUUCCAGACACACGACCAGAUUGGGAUGAUCGGCGCCGGGCCGAACCCCAUGGCCUCCAUGAACAUCCCUAUUCCCUUCAACCUGGUCAUGCCUCCCAUGCCCCCUCCAAGCUAUCUGGGGCAGGUGAACGGCCCUGCUGCAGGCCGUGGAGCGCCAAAGGGUAAGACGGGUGGACGUGGAGGUCGCCAAAGGAACCGUGGCGUGGGAAACCAUGGCAGUGGACAGGCCAACAUGGCAAACAGCCAGGCAAGCCAGGAUCUGGUGUCUCAGCCCUUCUCCCAGGGCCCCCUAACCCAGGGCUACAUCACCAUGAGCCAGCCCUCACAGAUGAGCCAGCCAGGCCUGUCCCAGCCUGAACUCUCUCAGGACAGCUACCUUGGUGAUGAGUUCAAGUCUCAGAUGGAUGUGGCGCUGUCCCAGGAUUCCACUUAUCAGGGUGAACGGGCUUACCAACAUGGAGGAGUGACUGGACUCUCUCAGUACUAGAGUGUUGUUGGAACGGGAGCUAGGCCUAUGCUGAGCUUAGUUCAUCAGCAUUUUAAAUCUGGGUAAAUAUUAAAAAAGAACAAACAUGGAUGCCCGUUUUCCACUGUUACAACUGAAGCACCAUGGUGUGAGAGCAACAGGAGAGAAUCAAACCAAUCACACGAGUGAAAAAAGAGGGAGAAAAGCAGGACAGGAAGAGAGAACGAGGGAGUGAGUGAGUGGAGGGGGAAAAACGACCUCACCACUCGCUAAGGCUGGGGAAGGAGGAGAGAGGAGGAGACGCAGCGUAGGAGGGAAGGAGGAGACGAUGUGGAAGGGAAAACAAACGAGAUCUUCGAUCUGCAACUCCGCAAAGUCAGAGGCCCCUCCUGGGGAGCAGGGGGGCCCCUCCCCUGCCUCCUCUCUCUCGCUGCCAGGCUGCAGCCGGCGGCCGCAGACCUCGCUCUGCCACCCGAGACGGAGAGAAGACGAAGUUCUCUUAAAACUACCUGCAAAAAAAUACCAAGCUUGCUCUGUCGUCUCCACAAGCUGAAGGAGGGGGUGACGUCUUUCAAAAACAUAAAAAUCUCUAUAAAAAACGCUUUCAAGCAGCUGAUUCUGGGGGAAAAUUUUCCCUUCAAAGUUGAGAUCUGACAUUCAGGUACUGCCACCGAACAUCUUUUUAAGAGAAUGGGAGAAUGGGGAAAAGCGACAGGAGGGUUGUGUGCUUUUUUUUUUUAUUAUUAUUAUUUUUCUUUUUAAGUUUUUCUUUCUUUUUCUUUUUUUUAUUUCUUUUUGUCGUGUUAGUGGUGGUGGUGACGGGUGCUCUCAUCUCUGGAAAAUUAAACGGUGCUAAGAGUGUCUGAGGAAGGAUGCAACUCAACUUUGAGGAAAGUUUUCCGGCUCAAGGCUGGAGUGGAGUAGAGGUUCGAGUUAGAGGAAUCGGUGGAGAGCCGGGGAGAGAUGUCGCUUGCUUGCAGCUCUCUGUUGCGAGGCUCUGUCUGCGCUGGGUGGUUCACAACAAACUGAGAAAGAAAGGGGGAGGAGUCUAAACAAAUGGCUUUGGGAUAAUUAUUAUUAUUUUUUUCUUUUUUCUUUCCUUCUUUAUUUUUUAUAAUAAGAAACAAAGGCGAAAUUUUUGUAUGGUAUCUGGAGAGCAAAAUUGGAAAAGCUUUUUCCUUUUCAUUUUAAAUUAAGUUUUGUUUAGUUUUUUCGUUGGACGUGAUGUUGUAGAACAGCAUCUGUUAACCUGCUGGCUUUGUUGAUUUCCUCAUUAUGAUGGGGUCAUGCAAUCACUAGAAAAGGUCCAUGAGAAAAAAAAAACAAAACCAAACUCGCAUAAAUAAAAACAAAAUAGAUAAAAGCAGGGCAUCAUAAAGCCGCCACAGAUUCCCGCACAUUACCUGAAAACUCUCAUGCGCUUGCUACAUAUAGAGUACAAGAAUCUCAAGGAGAGUCAGUCAAGAAUAUGGUGUUGAGAAAGAUCUGAUGCGUUUAUUUAUUGGAAGUUGAAGUCUUAAGAAUAAAGAUCUAUAAUAACAGGUGCUGUAAUCUACAUGUAACGCAAUGUGACUGUGAGGUGCAGUACACACAGAAACUAUAGGGGGCAGUGCAGUCACUCAGCACUCAGCAGCAUUGAAGUGGCUGUGUGAGGUGAAGUUGCCACUGUAGCAAGUGAAGCCUCUAGUGGCCUGAAGUGGAAGCCCCCAGUUAGCAGUUACAUUUGCAACACCAACAGACUUUCUGAUUGGACAAACGUGAGAAAGUAUAUCUCUAGCUUAGGGCUGGACAAUUAUUAAAUAUCAAUAAAUAUAUCGCAAUAUAAAAUGUUUCAGUAACAGUGAAAUUAAUUUGUCCAAAGUAAAGUAGGUACAUCAGUUGUGGAUGUUUUUCUGUGGCUUUUCGUUUGUUCAUAGAAAUUUCAGAAUUAUAUGGUUUCAACAACAGAAAUUUAGAUACGUUGUGAUAUACAUUUUUAACUAUAUCGUCCAGCCCUACUCUAGCCUAAGUCCAAAAGUUACAGCAGUUGCUAAUCUUGGCUAGUCUUAGAUAAUGGUCAUGCUCUGCUUUUAGGACUUCAGUACUGUGCCAAAAAUCAGUAUGCUUCCACCACAGUAGGGAAAAAAAAGUAAACUAUAUUUGUUUUAUUUUUAUUAAUUUCUUCCCCUUCUUAAGUCACCCCUCCUACUUUGCUUUGCUUUUUACAAAAUCCCAAAAGACUUUUGAGAGUUAAGUUCACGGACUGAACUACUUCCGUUAGAGCCACGUUUGUGAAUUUGACCCACUCUGAGCGAAAUGCUGAAGGAAAGUGUGUGUGCAGGCGGGUGAAAAGGCCCAGAAUCGCAGUGGCAGUGGCUGUUUUGGCUGUGGAAAGAGGCGGUGAAAGGGCAGACAGGUGAGAUUCUCUCUGUUUGUGUCUGUCUGUGUUUCCCACGAGCAGACUGAUAAAGAGGCUGCAUUGCUCUUGUCUCUUGCUUAACUUGGAUGCCAGUGUGCAUAGACAGUAGUGUUCUGCUGCGGAGGUGUGUGUAUGUAUGUGCCUCCUUAUUAUUAACUGUCCCUCUUCUUGUUUUGUGAUUAGCAGUUGUAGUUUUAAUCAUUACUUUCUGUUCGUUUGAUAUUUUUGACGUUUAUUUUCCUUUCCCACUCAUCUGCUGUCUUUAUCGAUUUGUGUUAGCACCAUAUUAUCUGCAUUUAUUUAGUUUGUACAGUCUUUAUUCAGAAUGAGGUACACCUUGUUUAUCCACUUUCAACUAGUAGAUAGAAUCCAGUCUUCAAAAUCUUCAUAUUUUGCAGUUUUGUUUUUUUGUGCUUAUUUAAAGCUUUGAUUGGUUAAAGCAGCAUUCUUUGAUGGUCGCCUUGUCAUCCUACUGAAACCAGGAAUGUUCAUGCCUUGCUGUUUUUUUUUCCAUUAUCAUCACAUCUAUUUGAAUUAACUAUUUUUUGCCAUCAGUCUAAGAAAGACUGUGGUCAGACUGCCAGCCCACAUAUGUUUUGUGGGGCAUUUUUAGAUUGUAACUGGAUUGAAAAAAAUACUCAUUAAAUCAAUUUGUUUUAUUAGAUUGUAUCCAUAUUGAUUGAUUGUCUGGACAGUCAAAAACUAUAUUGAAUCCAUUUUUGUAUUAUUAGAUUGCAUCUGGAUUGAUUUGUGCUGGUCUGAACAGCUAGGAACCACACACAAUCUGAUUUUAGCCAAAUCUAGACUGAUCCAGAUUAAAUUGUGAUGGUCUAAACAGCAAGGAACCACACACUCAGGUUUUGGGGAAUGUUAGAUUGUGUCAGGAUAGCCAGAAACCACUCUAAAUCAGAUUUUUGCUAAUAAUUGGACUGAAGCCACAUUUGGAGGUUAUUUGAAAUGUGAGCAUGAUCAGAUUUAGGAUUGUAUUCAUAUUAGUUUUUGAUAAUCUGAACAGUCAGGAACCACACAACUGUAAGUUUGGUCUUUCUAGAUUGUAUCCAAAAAGAUUUUUUUUUUAUACAGCAUAAAAUCCGAUUUGACGCAUUUGGAUGUAUUUUUAAAUGUGUACACAAGUGAAUUUGUACAGAUGAGAUUCAGUGUGGAUGCUCUGGAUGCUCAAAUUAUAUAUAUAUAUUUUUUCCCUCAUCAUUUACACAGAAUCUCAUACAGAGAGAUUUGUGAUGUCCAGGCAAGCAAAUCUGAUCUUAUCACUUGCAAAUAACAGCAUUUCUAAUUUGAGAAAUUAAUCCGAUUUGUCUGCAGUCUGAACACAGCCUUACACCGCUGGACUGGAGUUGACCCGUACCUUACUGUGUGCAUCAGUUUCAUCAGUAACUCCCAUUUUUGUUGCCUGAUGUAAAACAAAAAAUGCAUUCGCAGGAUUUUUAACAAUCAAUGAUAACAUCCAGAAUGUUCCAAUAUCUAGGUCAUUUUGGUUACCUGCUUGUUUGCUGAAUAGAACAUAGAGCUGCUUUCAUUAUUUUCAUGGAUAGUUUAUUAUUUUGUCAGUUUUUGGGCUGUCUAAGCUCACCACAGACUUCCGUAAAUUCAAGUUUAGAGGAUUUCUUAUGUUGAAAAAUUUAAUAAAAAUCAUCCAACACAUUUACAACAUGCCUUCCUCAUGUUCUCAUCUUUAUCAUUUUAUUUUUAAUAAGAAUUCUUCCUCUUAUAAUUGAUUGAAUUAGUCUUGGUUUCUUUCCUGCAGUGUACUCUGUGAUCCAACAAUGUUGUACACAGUUAGAGCUCAAGUUAUUGAUUAAAUGAUUGAUUACAUUGGUUUAGUCUUUUCUUGACCCAACACCCACAAGGCCUACAGCAAAUACAACAGAACCUGAGGGAACGGGAGAUCCCCGCAGUGUGGUUAUGUUUAUUUGCUAAGAUAGAGAUGCUUUUUCACACUGUAUGUGUUGUAUUCACCUGAGAGGAACUCUCGCAGCCGUGAGGUAACUGAGGUGACCGACUGCCUCUCUAAUGAUGUGAGAAAAUCACUAUUAAAACCAAAGGAUGAAUACAAACCGAUCGAACGACUGACUGACUAAAUACCCGCGGUUCUGUCCCUCACAUGAAGGAGGAUAAAUAAUAUAAAUUUGACAAUGAAAGAUGAAUUAGAGGUUAUGAAUCAUAUUGAAGAUUUUGUUUAUUAGGAUUUCCCCCUACAGUAUGUAAUUCCUGCAAUGUUACAUAAAUAAAUGUUGCUUUAUUUCACACAAACAAAA